AUGUCACUUACAAGUAAAGAGCUUAACUAUAUGGUAUGGAGAUACCUACAAGAAUCAGGUCAUGAUUUAGCUGCUUAUGCUUUAGACCAACAAUCUCAUGUACUGUCUAAUGAUGAUAAUAACAAUAUCAUCACCAAUAUUAAACCAGGUUGUUUAGUUAAUUUAAUACAAAAGGGGAUAUUAUACAGUGUAGCACAACUACAAGCAGGUAAUACAAUUACUACUGAACUAGAUAAUGAUAAUGAAUCUAAAUUAUCAUUAUUAAAUGCAUUAAUAUCUGAUGAUUUAUUUAAGUAUACUCAACAAGAACAAGAUACAACAAAUGACAAGAGAUUCUUAUUAAAACUGGAAGUAGCCACUUUGAAUGGUAAUAAACCAGAACAACUGGAUGAUAUUGAAAUGGAAGAUGCAGAACAUACCGCCGAAGGCGAAGAAAACAUUGAAUUUGAAACCAGCAUACUUCAACCAAUUAUUAAAUUCUCAUCAAAUUUAACAUCUGAUUGGCAUCCAUCAUCAACAAAUGUAUUUGCAUAUGGUAAAUCAGAUGGAAAUGCAAUAAUAAAUGCAUUCAAAGAUAAUAAAAUAACAGAAACUGUAACUUUAAAUCAUCCUAAUUUACUUAAUCUUCGUAAUGAUAUAAAUAUAGUUUCUUGGUCACCUCAAGGUAAUUCAAUUAUAACAGCAGGAACUAAUAAUGAAUUAAGAGUUUGGUCUCCAGAUGGGAAAUUGAAAAAUAUCGCCACGAUUUCCCUAUCUGAAUCUACAGCUGACGAUGAUAUUCCUGCUAGUUCUACAUUGAUAACCACUACUAAUAAUAAUAUAAUAACCAGUCUAUAUUGGAGUCCACCCCUGGGGAAAUUCUUAAUCACUAUCCAUAAUGAUAAUCAUGUCUCAUUAUGGGAUGGAAAUACAUUAUCCCUCAUAAAACAAAUCAAAACCACCGAUCCCGACACCACAACCCCUCCCCCUAUAGAAACAACCACCACCACCACCACAAUGUCCAAUCCAAUAACCGCAUGCUGGUUAGCAGAAUCAAAAUUCGCAAUCACAACCCACCAAAACACAAUCAAAAUCUAUGACAUAACCCCGUCACCGACAGCCACCACGGUCGGAAUAUCCCAAUUUGAGAUCCAACCAAUUGGAUUACUCCCAGGACAUAAUCAUAUCAUAUCCAUCAUGAAAUUAAACCCAAUCACGAAACUACUUGCUAGUUGUUCUGAUUUUGAUUAUUUGAUAAAAGUGUGGAAUAGUGGUUCGAUAUCGGAUUGUAUUGAUUUGAAUAUUCCAGCAGGAACUGCUGGUGAUGAUGAUGUUAAAUUGCAUUCUAGUCCUAUUGUUGGAUUGGAUUGGAUAGGAGCUCCUGGGAAGGAUGGUGAGGAUGGGAGGAAUAUUUUGGUGUCGGUGAGUAUGGAUGGGAUAUUGAAUAUUUGGGAUGUCGAUAAUCAUCAUAAUACUAAUUUGAAAAGUUCGGAAUUAUUUAAAAAUCAUGAGAAUUUUAAAUAUGUUGACACUGAUGAAUCGAGGAAGGGGAAGGAAGAUGCAUUGGUGUUUAAUGCGGUGAUGGCUCCAAAUGGGAGAUAUCUUGCUUUGGGGGAUGAUUAUUGUCGGAUUACAAUUUGGGAUAUUUCUUUGGAUAGAAUAACCAAGGCGGGGGAGUCAAAGAGUUUGAUUAGAUGUUUGGGGAUAUAUGAACCUGAUUUAACCGAUUUGGAAAAAGGACAAGAGCAAGAUAAGAAUGUCAAUGUUGGAAUAUGUGAUUUGAAAUGGGAUUAUGAAUCGAAAUAUGUGACUGGUUCUUAUAAUGAUAUCGAAAGUGUGAUUGUAUCAUUAGACGAGAAGAAUGUGAAUUAG